AACGAGACGUAACGAAACAAAGUGCGAACGAGGCGUCAGUCACGUAAACAAACAGUCAGCUGUACGGAGACGCUACUGAUGACGACGGUUCGGUCACAGUUAAUGAUCCAUACUUACUGAUCAAUAGUUAAUGACCCAUGAAGAAGUUCGGUUUACUCUAAGUGGACUCAGAACUAGUUCAGAGGUUUCUGGAUGGUUUUCUCGAGCAGGGGCGGAUUUAGAGAUUUGGGGGCUGAACUCGGGCACGAGGCCCCUGGGGGCCCCUGAGGUUCCUGGUGACAUCAGCAGUCAGUGCCAUGAACGCCUCGGACAGCGACGAGGACUUAUACAACGAGAGGACGGCGUUGGUCCCGUCGGAGAAUCCGACAGUCCCGUCCUACAGACCAGAUUCUGACCUGACCCCCCCUGAUGACUCGCCAACCAAAAGGUCUGGGGUGAGCAGGAGGGCGGGUCCAGCUGCAGCGGAUGGUGGCGGUGGCGGUGGCGGCGGAGGCGGAGAUCAGGAGGUGGAUGCAGACGAGGAGGAGCUGACUCUGAAGUACGGAGCCAAACACGUCAUCAUGCUGUUCAUCCCCGUCACCCUCUGCAUGGUGGUGGUGGUCGCCACCAUCAAGUCCGUCAGCUUCUACACGGAGAAGACCGACCAGCAGCUGAUCUACACGCCAUUCACAGAGAACACGCCGUCUGUCGGCCGCCGGCUCCUCAACUCCGUCCUCAACACCAUCAUCAUGAUCAGCGUCAUCGUGGUCAUGACCAUCUUCCUGGUCGUCCUCUACAAGUAUCGCUGCUACAAGUUCAUCCACGGCUGGCUCAUCCUGUCCUCCCUCAUGCUGCUCUUCUGGUUCAGCUUCAUGUACCUCGGGGAGGUGUUUAAGACGUACAACCUGGCCGUGGACUACCCGACGGUGGGGGUGAUGAUCUGGAACUUCGGGGCGGUGGGGAUGAUCUGUAUCCACUGGAAGGGCCCGCUCCAGCUGCAGCAGGCCUACCUCAUCCUCAUCAGCGCCCUCAUGGCGCUCGUCUUCAUCAAGUACCUGCCCGAGUGGUCGGCCUGGGUCAUCCUGGGCGCCAUCUCCGUCUACGACCUGGUGGCCGUCCUGUCUCCUAAAGGUCCUCUCAGGAUGUUGGUGGAGACGGCUCAGGAACGCAACGAGCCCAUCUUCCCCGCCCUCAUCUACUCCUCUGCCAUGGUGUGGACGGUGGGAAUGGCGAGCCCGAUGGACGCUCAGCGCUCUGAACAUGAAACAGAUGAGGAGGCGGAGCAGAGCGUCAGAGGGGCGGAGCCUGGGAGCCGACAGUCCCGGACGCUUGCAGAGGACGAGCUGGAGGAAGACAGGGGGGUGAAACUAGGCCUCGGUGAUUUCAUCUUCUACAGCGUUCUGGUUGGUAAAGCUGCAGCGACGGGCGGAGACUGGAACACGACGCUCGCCUGCUUCGUCGCCAUUCUGAUUGGUCUGUGCCUGACUCUGCUGCUGUUGGCCAUCUUUAAGAAAGCUCUGCCGGCGCUGCCCAUCUCCAUCACUUUCGGCCUCGUCUUCUACUUCUCCACGGACUUCCUGGUUCAGCCCUUCAUGGACAACCUGGCAGCUCACCAGUUCUACAUCUGAGACGAAGCCCCGCCCACCCCGCCCUCCCCCUCGUUAUCCUGCAGCCACCGCCGCCGUCUGGUGAUGUAACGCACAAAGACAAAAACUUCCUGUACCCCUCUUCUACCUGUCUCUGAAGGUCUUCUUUAAACAGACCACAGGAAGUGAUGUCACAGACAGGGGAAGCUGGGGGGUCGUUCCCUGGUCGUUUCUGCUCAGGUGUGUCACCUGUUGACCGAUCAUUCAAAGGAAAGAUCCGCCUUAAAUCAUGUAGCUGGUCGUGUUUGUAGAGUCUCUGUCACAUGACUCGCGGUGGCGGCUGACUGUGAUUGGCUGACACUUGAACCCUCACGUCUCCGAGUGCAGAAACAAACCAACAAACAUAAACAGCUGUAUUUGAAUGUUUUAGAGUUUUAAAGUGGAUUUUUAAGGUGGAUUUUUCCAUGAGGUCACAGAUUCAACACAUUCAAUUCUCAAGUAAAUUUGGACUUUUUUAUGUAAGAAAUAAAAGGUUAUUGAGGGGUGGGGGUGGGGUGUGUGUAUGUGGGAGUGGGGGGUUUAAAUAAAGUUAGGAUUUAAUUUAAUCAAACUUGUCUGGAACCAGGUUUAAUUAAAGAUUCAGUUGUUGCUCUAAUUUAAUCAGAUAAACUUUGAUUUAAUCCAGUUUUAGUUUUAAUCUGAGUUGGUGUGUUUUGUUUUUUUUUACUGUCUUAGAGAAAGUUCGUUAAAGGCUCAGUUCACCCAAAUCACAAAUAUAUAUUCUCCAGUAUACGAAACAAAGCAAAACGCCACGCUGAGGAAGGAGGAUUAGAUUUACAUUCUGGAGCUUUUGAUAUCUCCAUCAGUGAGACCGAUAUUUGUACGGUGGCUGACGAGGACAAACGAGCUUUCCAUCAGGAGACGCAGACUGAAAAACAAACAACAACAACAGACAAGCUGCAGCUCCAGGCCUCUAGGGGGAGCUCGAAGUGGAACACCCAUAGACCGUGUACAAGCUAACGCUAACACUAGCUACGUGUUCUGUUGCUUUUAUAAUGAAGUAAAACACUACAAACAGAUGUAAGAAAAAAGACCACAAACCUUUUUAUGUCACCUCUUCUUUCAUCCCAUACCCUCUCCUUAGGUCAAAGGUCAAAGGUCUGACCUCUCAGGUUGAAAUCACAAGCUAAAGCUCAAGGUGUUGCGUUUGACCUCACAGACGUCACUGUCAACAGGUUUCUGGUUAAAAUAUGACAAUGUUCAACCGACGGUCACAGAGGCGGCGUCCCGCGUCCUUCAGAGGCGGCAUUCUAUCCCAAGAUUCAUUGCGCGGCGGUAACGAAAGCAAACAACCGACAGAGAGAGACUUUUACAUGUCAGCAUUGUGUUUCAUCUCAGUUCAACAGCUAACGGGUUGAAGCCAGGCUUCUUCAAGCGAAACGUGUUGAGAAAAAAAAGUUACGUGUUGUCAAGGUUGCUAGGCAACAGGAGCCGUACUUUGAGACGCAGUGACACGCACGGUUGGUGACGUACAGAGUAAAUCCUCCGUCUCAUUUCAGUUCAGCCUUUGAGGUCUACGACGGGCCACACCUUUAGUCUGCUGACCUUUGACCUCUGGGAUGUGGAUUUUGGGUUUUUCCAGGUGAGUCUGGGUCAUUGUUCAUGUCGCAGCAGAUCUCCUGAACACACGUGACUGUGGGUGAACUGAACCUUUUAACUGCCCCGGGGCAUCAAAAGCCCCAAAGCCCCAAGUUCACUCCAUAUCAGCUGUAAGUUUAUUAGGUACAAAUUUGUUUAGACUUUAAACGACAAAGUAAAAUAUCAGUGAAGACAGUUUGUUUCCCUCCAUCCUGCGUCUUCAUUAGCUUUAUUUCUAACUCUUUAUAUAUUUUGUAAAAAGUGUUUCUGUGCACGUUUCAUUUUGUAACUGAAACAUGUUGAAGAGAUUUUGCUUUAUUUCGUUGUUAAUGUGCAAUAAAGUCAAACUUCUGUCAUGAGCUGAGAAAUAAAAAUGAUUCUAUUGAACUUG